AUGGACGACCCGAUGGAGAACGGGGAAGCCCUAAAAGAGCUGCAGAGAGAUCUUGCGAGGAAAUAUCGAAUUCACGGAGCCAAAAUCGAGGAAAUUUGGCGGUCUCUUGAUAAAGCCAACGAACUCGAACAGUCAAAGCUGGUGCAGCAGAAGGACCCUUGCGAUAGAUCUCUGGGCAAUGUCUUCAAGUUCAUGCCUGAAAUCAACCUGCGUGAUAUCACGGAGCCUGGAUCGGAUUACUUGCUGAAUAUUUUGAAGCAUCGCGCUACUAAGUUACUCUCUGAGCAAUAUAUUGAAGGACCAGACAUGGGCCCAGGCGACCACGCGGUGAUAGUCCAUAAUAUGCGUGUCAACAAUCUCCGUCAUAUCGACGAUUUCAAAUAUUCUUUCACUUUAUUCAUGGACGAAGAAACCUACGGGCAGUCUUACAACACUAAAUCUAAGGCAGAGUAUGAAAUAGCUAUGGAUGAUUUAUCUGUGGUUGUUAACGCUGGACUUUGUCUUCCUCAAUCGACCGGCGAGUUAAUUCUGCUAAGACAGUUAUAUACCUUGCAAAUGCUCAACAUCUUAGUCGAAGAUAUUCUCGAAGUAGGAUCAACCUCUAGGAACACGAAGAAGCCAUCGAAGAAGCCCGAGGAAGCUGCCCGUGCUGCUCUGUCAAAGCUUUCAAUCAUUCCCAAGCCAGAGAAACUCUCGUUGCAAGAGUUAAUGGCUAGCGCUUUAGACCAAAAAUCAUCUCUGGAUGGUUAUUUGAGCUUAUGUCGCGAGGAGCCCGUCUUUCUGGCACAUGCUGUCAAUAUUUGGUUCUUCACGAGGCCGGAACUUAUCAAAGACGAGAAGGGACGAACUUUACCUGUUGUAACGGACAAGAACAUUAGCAUCGCAUUCUUCGAGAUGAUCCACAAUGCUAUUAUUGGUGCUGCAAUUUGGGACUACCUCUGUCGUCUUCUUCGGAUCCUUGAUGAAUCCAACGACCCUAGGUAUAGAGGCGUCGUUCUCCAGGAAAUAUCGAACGUCUGUCACCUGGAAUAUGGACGGGUACAAAGGCUCUUCAAGCGCCAAGUACAAACGUUCUCAGGAUCAAAGUAUUUCAAGCGCGUCUCGGGCGUAUAUGACAAUGGUGUUGCACGUGUAUCCAUCAAGGGCAAGCCAGAACUGCUCACAAGAGAAAACCCAAGGCUUCAUUACAUGCUCCGCCUCUGUGAACCUGGAGUAGAUGCCUCUAAAGCAAUUACCUGGAUCAAGCAAUUAGACGACCUCCAUUGCUCUCAUCCCAAGGAACGAGAAGCAAUGGAUGAAAAUGAAUUUGAAUCCUUUGGUGAUUUAGCUGUGAUUGUUGGAUUUGUUCAGUCGAUUUCUUCGUCACUUGCUAUACCUCCCAUGAAUCUCAAGAAGGGACAAUUAUACGUCUCAAGAUUGAAGGAGCUGGCGACGGAGCUGGACCCCCUGAAAUCCCAGCUCGAUUUAGCGGACUUCGCAAUUCCUAUCGAUAAUCUCACUGAACCAGGUAUGGCUGCAGGAGCCUUGAAUGCACUUGAUCAAUUUGUCGUUGAUAAGACAGGUACUAAGAUGGGUUUUCUCUACCAAGACCUCAUUGAAAAAUGUGUCACAGAUAUUCAGGAAUACUACCAACUGCAGACAAGAGCAGCUGCGCAGAACGCACAAGCUGAGCUUCCCCAAGCAACACCAAUUGCGGAAACCCCAGAAGUGCAAGUUCAACAACGUAGACAGAAACACAAAACUCGCCCACCACAUUCAUCCGCAUACGACAUAUCUCCCAAUCUAGCGACUGCUGAGCCAGAAAAGGUGGAGCUGCUACCAGUUUUCAAAGUGAAGCAAGAUACGGUCAAGACAUUCUCAACAUUAUUCUCAAAAUCGCAAUCACGAGGAUCAGUUACAUGGGCAGCUUUUGAAACCGCAAUGGCAGACUUGAAGUUUUCUGUAAUGCCAAAGUUUGGAUCGGUCAUCAUGUUCUGUCCUCCAUCGGAUCUAGCAAUACAGAAAUCACUUACGUUGCAUCGGCCACAUAAGUCACAAAUCGAAGGCCACUUGCUUCUUAUAUUUGCGAGUCGUCUGAAGAGAGUGUAUGGAUGGGGAGAGCAGUCUUUCGAGGUGGCAUAA